AACAGCUGAACCGCAGUUUCUACUAUUAAAAGACAUUCCCCUUGACUUUUAUUCUCACAUGACUGGUGUAUUGAGAAAUGACAAACAAAAAACUUGGCAGCGAAAACAGAAUGGGAGUAUCACCUGCUUGUUUUUUAAGGAAGUGAUCUUUUUGAAGCAGUAUCGUAUGAGCAGCUGUUGCAGAGGAAAACAUUCAGAUCUGCGAUCGAACAGCAUGAAGGUCCUCGUCCUGCUUGUGUGCCUGUCCGUGGGCUGUCUCGCUCAGAGACCACGGCAUUGCAGAUACCCGCCACUGAUGAGCGGAAGCCUGUCUGUGUCCACUGGAAAUCAGAAGCUGCUGGCAUUCUCCAAGUACAUCUAUGAUGGACUGGGAGAGCGCAUCCGCUUCAGACAGUUUGGACUCUAUGACAAUAAGACCUACCACCUUGAUGUGCUUCUACUGUACAGAGAGGGUGUUAUGUACAAAAUAAACAACAAGAACCGCACUUGCACUAAGCAGCAUCUGAGCCCUGACUUCCACCCGCUGGCAGUUCCGAGAAAUGCCACCCUGAUGGGCCAGUUUGUGUUAGGCGCCUCCUCUGGUCCUGGACAGGGAGUCCUGGUCAACAGUUGGUACGGGGAGCAGAAGAUGAAGACGGGAUCAGGUACAAUAAGAGGAAAUCAAAGCGAAAAAUUGCAAAGUCAUGU